CAAAAUGUUGCACACAAUUACCAGUUUGACAGUCAGAGAUGUGAGAUUCCCGACGUCUCUGGAGCAGCACGGCUCCGACGCGAUGUGGUGUGUGCUGUGCAGGCUGUGGCUGCUCUGGUUGUUGGGAAAUCUCUCCAGGAGAUUGUGAGCGACUUCCGAGGAUUUUACCGCCUGCUGACGAGUGACGGCCAGCUGAGAUGGGUGAGAACAGCAGAUGACACCCAGCGAUGCAGCCUGAUGUUUAUUAUAUAAAAGCAGCUGUCUCGUUGAAGAAUACACUCGUCCAUCUUGCUUACAGCACCUUCCUGUCACAACAUGGAGAGAGUGACCCUCUUAUCUUGUCAUAGAUACCUUUUUUAAAUCCAUUUAUUCUUAUUCUAAUAAGAUACGUGGCAUCCGUCUGAUUCAUGAGCCUUACAGAGAGUUCACAAAAAGAGCCACAUGAGUCCUGUUUGGAUUCCCGGGUUGAAUCGUUCUGUCUGUCAUGACAAGCUUCUGCAGCCGACUGUUGAUACUAAACCUAAAGGACCCGCAGGUCGACUAAUCUGGUUCCUGAAGGUCCCAAAGUCCUUGUGAAGAUUGAUGGACCAAGACGACACAUAUAUGUGAUCAAAUACAGGCUUUUUUUGAGCAUGCAGCCCCAACAAGAGGCCUCUUUGGAUACAAAGAAAAGCUAAAAGCUCUUGUUUUUGAAGGUGUCAAAGUCCUGAUUAAGAUGAGACAAAUAAAAUUGAAAGGGUUUGUGCUCGUAAACUUUGGCUUUUCAGGAAGUCCCUUCAGAUACAAGGACAAGCAAUUCAUAAUGUGUGUAAAAAUACCUAAUUUCUCAAACUUCUGGUUAAUGUUUGCACACUUUUUAUUGUCUUUAUUUUCAUCAUUUUGGUGUUAGUUUUCACUUUUAACCCAUUUUUGAUGCACACCUCCAGAUAAGUGUUCUUUUACAACCCGCCUGUAAGUGUGACCUCGUAACGGGGGGGGGGAUGUUUUCAAACUCUCAUCCGACCCAGUUGGGCCCAGAGAAAGGAGUGAUCCAGCUGGCCGUCGCGGCGGUCCUGAAUGCCGUGUGGGACCUGUGGGCGAGGUCAGAGGGCAAGCCGCUGUGGAAGCUGCUUGUUGACAUGGAUCCCGGGCGGCUCGUUUCCUGCAUUGACUUCCGAUACAUCACCGAUGCACUGACGGAGGAGGAGGCCGUCGAGAUACUCGUGAAAGCACAGGAGGGAAAGCAGCAGAGAGAGGAUCAAAUGCUGGAAGAGGGUUACCCCGCCUACACCACCUCCUGCGCGUGGCUCGGAUACUCAAACCAGCUGCUCAAACAGCUCUGCACAGAUGCUCUUCAAAGCGGUUGGACCAAAUUCAAGGUGAAAGUCGGCGCUGAUCUAGAGGACGAUAAACGCAGGUGCCGCCUCAUCAGGCAAAUGAUUGGGCCCGAUAACACUUUGAUGAUCGAUGCCAACCAGAGGUGGGACGUGGCCGAGGCCAUCAGCUGGGUGACGAGCCUGGCCGAGUUCAAACCUCUUUGGAUCGAGGAGCCGACGUCUCCAGAUGACAUCCUGGGUCACGCCGCGAUCUCCAAGGCUCUGGCUCCACUCGGGAUCGGAGUGGCCACAGGAGAGCAGGUCAGAGGUCGCACACACACACACACACACACACACACAUCACUGAGUUGUCGUUUCCUUCUCCAGUGUCACAACCGGGUGAUGUUCAAGCAGUUCCUCCAGGCCUCGGCCCUGCAGUUCGUCCAGAUCGACAGCUGCCGGCUGGGCAGCGUCAACGAGAACCUGGCGGUGCUGCUGAUGGCCCACAAGUUCCAGGUGCCCGUCUGUCCUCACGCGGGAGGAGUCGGCCUCUGUGAGCUCGUCCAGCAUCUGAUUCUGUUCGACUACGUCUGCGUGUCCAGAAGUCUCAGUAACCGAAUGUGUGAAUACGUGGAUCACCUGCAUGAGCACUUCACCAGCCCUGUGGUGAUUCAUGACGCCCACUACAUGCCUCCCAAGGAUCCAGGAUACUCUUGUGAGAUGCUGGAAUCAUCGGUGCAGAGCCACCAGUACCCUGACGGAGACGUGUGGACGCAGAUCAUAAACAAAUAAUCAUUUGAGUCUUAUAUUUAGAUUAAGUGAAAAUACGAGAGCCUACACUGAGAAAUGUACUAUUGUAAUGGUAACAAUGGUUUAACAAAUUCAGCUCAGAUGGAAAAUCUUUAUUUCCAAAUAGAUAUUAAAAGGGUAGAAGGAAAUGUAACAUUUUAUAUCAGGCAUGUUAACACUUACAGUAGAAGAAAAUACUUGUAUGUAAGAACUUGUGUGGCUUUAAGUGUCAAUCAGAAAUAAAUGAAACCACUUCACCGUC